AUGACCAGAUGCUUCAUGGGGGGCAUGUGCAGUGUGCAUGCACUUGGACAUGCAGACACAUAUGAGGAUGCUCGACGCAAGCUUGCCCGAGCAGAGGCUACUUCUGAUCUUCAAACAGACAAUGAUGUACCAAAGAAAAGACCGAGAAGGCGAUCCAUGAAAGCCCUGCCCCUUGAAACAAGUGAAGAGGAAUCUGAUACGUGUGGUGACGAUGAAUUGCCUCCCUCUCCUCCCAUUGAAUUUGGUAGCCAUUUUAAAGCAUAUAAGCCAAGUGUAAGCCAGAGAGUAACCAGCCACGUUUGCUCAAGAAGCACCAGUACACCAUGUAGAGUAAAUGAGUAUAGUGCCACCCCGACUCUGGGAGACCCGAGUGCCACCCCGACUCUGAGGGACCCGAGUGCCACCCCGACUCUGAGAGACCCGAGUGCCACCCCGACUCUGAGAGACCCGAGUGCCACCCCAACUCUGAGAAGCCUGAGUGCCGCCCCGACUCUGAGAAACCCGAGUGCCACCUCGACUCUGCGAAGCCCCAGUGCCACCCCAACUCUGCGAAGCCCCAGUGCCACCCCAACUCAGAGAAGCCCAAGUGCCACCUCAUGCAUGAGCAGUGCCAGUAGCGCCUCCUCAGAUCUUAACAAUGCCAGUAGCCUUGGAGAAGCCAUGUAUAUAAAAUUGAUAACUUUACUUGAGGAAGUGAAGGACACACAGAGAGUGCAUAGCAAAAUGCUUAACACUUUGUUGAAGCAAAGAGAAGCUUUGACAAUGUCUGAACCACCACAAGGAGCAGUGUUUCCGUUAACAACUAUUGAUGAUGUCCAGGCCAUGAACGAAGCUGUCGGACUUGGAGUUCAUGUCGCCAUGGUUGGAGAAAUUGGAGGUUCUUCAAUAGAUGACGCAACCCAAAGAAUGAUGGCAUUUAUAAUGUCACCUGACCUUGCACUGCAAUACAACCUCUUUGGACGUCAUGGGAAGAAACGCUUCAGGGAGCUACGUCUAUUUGAUCUUGUUUAUGGAGCACUGAAGAAGAACAUCCUUACAAAGGACCUAAACCAGAAGGAUGCGGAGAAGGCUCUCUCAAAAUGGUUUACAGGAGCUCGGGACAGAGGGGGCAACCGGGCCGUGAGAGCACAGAGGGAGUUCACCAAAAGGGGUGAAACACAGGCCCUCCAAUCUCAAGAUGAGACACAAAUCCAAUAG